AUGAUAAGAAUUCAUCGCAAUUUAUAUGUAAUGCGCCUAAUUACUUAUCUAAAGAGUGUGUUUGAAUAUUCAAAGUAUGAUCUUUCCAAGUUGAAGAAGUUGGAAUUAGUAGAUUGUAUAAACUAUUUUGAUGGGUCUUGUCAGAACUCGGCAAAUUUGCAAGAAUUGAAAAUCAUUUUGUCUUCUAACUAUUGUUAUUAUAAUACCACUCAUAAUGAUAGUGGCAGUGAAAUUGAAAUUGAUCGUGAUACAGAGGCUGCUCAUGUGGAUUACCAUAACACGAAUAAAGAAAAGUUUUCCAAAGUUUUGAACGUGAAGUCAUUAUAUUUUCCAAAACUUAAAAAAUUAACAUUAGGAAAUUGUGGAAUUCAAGAAAUGGACAUAGAAAAACUAUCAAGCCUUGCACUUUCUAAAGUGAGAAUCGCUAGAAAAACAUUUGGGUUCAAUUUAUUGGGUAAUCUGAAAGAGUUAACAGUUGACAAUGUGAAAUUUCAAAAUAGUGAACUAUCAGAAAUCCCAAGCUUAGAAUAUUUACCUAAAUUAAAGUGUUUGAAGUUCAUGAAUAAUUACCAUAUUAGAAUGUUUGAGAAUUUGCAGUAUUUGCUUCCACUCACCAGACUGAAAACCCUUGAAAAUUUCCCAUCUCUUCAAAUCCUUAACCUUGGGAAUAACCACAUUUCAAGUAUUUCAAAUUUAAGCCAUCCUAAUCUAAAGGAAUUAAGCAAGGUGCGGAACCCUGUGAGUGAUUUCAGCCUGUUAAGUGAGUUCCCGGCUCUCGAAUCUUUAGAUUUAAAUUGGACUGGAGCGAGCAGUUUCGAAGAUUUGAGAUCAAUCAGCAGUUUGAAGGGGCUAAAAAACUUGUUUCUUUUGAACACCUAUAUUCAAGACCUUGAAUAUUUCAAUUUUUACGGCUUGCCACCUUCAGUGAAGAUUGAAAAUUACUAUAAUAGUGGAUUGGCCAAGAAUUUCGAUAUGUUGUUCGAUGGUAAUGAUUCUUUAGAGAUUAUUUGCAAUCUCGGUCGGGGAAAAAAGUUUAGCUUAUUUGAUAAGCUUUUGGCUGAUGGUGAUGAAUUGGCAGAUAGUGAUGAAUUAUUUGAUAGUGAUUAA